AAUACUAAUUCAGGUAGAGACUAAAACUGCUUCCCUCUCGUGCAUUCUUCGCCGCCGUCACGUCCAGUCCGGCAACCCACUCCCUUCCCGUUCCCGUCACAAACAGAUAUGGUUAUCCCACCUCCAGUCAGGCCUCCCAGGAUUACAAAUUUUCUCAAACCUUAUGUUCUGAAGAUGCAUUUCACGAAUAAGUAUGUGACUGCUCAAGUUAUCCACACUCCAACUGCUACUGUUGCCUCUUCUGCAAGCUCACAGGAGAAAGCCUUGAGAUCAAGCUUGGAAACUACUCGGGAUGUUGCUGCAGCAGCAAAGAUUGGGAAGCUACUUGCAGAACGCCUUUCGCUUAAGGACAUUCCUGCUGUUUCUGUUCAUUUGAAGAGAGAACAGAGGUAUCAUGGAAAGGUAAAAGCGGUUAUUGAUUCUCUCAGGGAAGCUGGUGUUAAGCUGCUUUGAGUCAUGAUUUUUGUAUGUUUUGUUGUACAUGAGAGAGAUCAUCCUUUUUGAACCUUGUCUUCUGGGAAUGUGAGAUGAAAGGCUUUUGUAUUAUUGAUGUAGGAAAUAAGAAUGCUAAUUAAACUUCUGCUGCUCAUGUUUAUUUUUAUCAUCACACCAUCAAAAGUUGUUCAUGGAACAUAUUUCACUGA